GUAACAUCAGCAGCCGCCAUAUUUGUUAGACGUAAAGGAGUGUGUAGAGAGUGUGUUACACAUGUCAACAGUAGACUGAUGACGUUGAACAGCUAGUAAGCUCUCAGUUGCCGUACAACUACCUACAAAAUCUUCAACAGACAAUCGCUAGAAAUGCAUCGAGGUGAUGGACUUGUGCAGAGACGGAAUGUGUCUCGUGAAAAUGGAGAAGGAGUGUCAAGAGAUAACAUAGAUUCAGAUGACAAGAAGUCGGGAGACCGAGAUGACGACUUGGAGGAUGGAGAUUCGAAAGAAACAAGACUUACUCUUAUGGAGGAGGUUCUGUUAUUGGGGCUCAAGGAUAAAGAGGGCUACACUUCAUUUUGGAAUGAUUGUAUCUCAAGUGGUCUUCGUGGAUGUAUACUAAUAGAAUUGGCACUUCGUGGUCGUAUUGAACUAGAAAAGCCAGGAAUGAGACGCAAGAGCCUUUUGAAUAGGAAGCUUCUUGUCAAGAGUGACACUCCAACAGGUGAUGUGUUGUUAGAUGAAGCACUGAAACAUAUGAAAGAGACAGAUCCACCUGAAAUUGUACAGAGCUGGAUUGAGUACUUGAGUGGUGAAACUUGGAAUCCUCUAAAAUUGAGAUAUCAACUUAAAAAUGUUCGUGAGAGGUUAGCUAAAAACCUUGUGGAGAAAGGAGUGCUAACAACUGAGAAACAAAACUUUCUGUUGUUUGAUAUGACGACUCAUCCACUUACUGACAAUGUUGCAAAAUCCCGUCUGGUAAAGAAGGUUCAAGAUGCAGUCCUUGGAAAGUGGGUCAAUGAUCCUCACCGUAUGGACAAACGAUUGUUAUCCCUCAUAUUCCUGGCCCAUGCUUCUGAUGUCUUAGAAAAUGCUUUUGCACCUCUGAAUGAUGAUGACUAUGAACUUGCUAUGAAGAGAGUGCGUGAGCUCCUUGACUUAGAUUUUGAGUCAGAGAGCAUGAAACCCAAUACAAAUGAAACAGUAUGGGCAGUAUUCGCAGCAUUUACAAAAUAAACAUCUGAUACUAAAAGUCAUAGAGCUGAGAAUAUUGAACUUGUGUGAUGACAUUUGUGCACUCUGAUAGGACAAUAUGUUAAACAAUUAUUUGACCAGAUUCACAGUUAUUGAAAGGAAAGUGGUUUUUAAAUUUUUGUUGGAAGAAAAACGGUUACAAAUCCCUGAAAGCAUGUUAUCUAGUAUUAACCAUUCCAUUUAUAGCUAUAUUACAUUUAAUGUGUUGGGCACUGCUACAGGAAGAGAAUUCUUUGGCUAAACUGACAUAGUGUAUAUUCAAGCAGUGACCACUCUUUAGCCAAAAUGGAAAAGCAUUUGCAAAAAUAUGUAACUUGCACUCCUUUUUUUGAGUGUGUUCAUUCAGAAGCAUGAAUUGUUUUUGUGGAAGGAAGAUUGUGAUGAUGUAAUGAAAUCUGUGUGAAAGACUUUUUAUCCCUAUAAUAGAGGAAGCAGUUUAUUUGCACAAACAUUCAAACAAUAUUUUUGAUCUUCUUAAUUAUUGGAUGAUGUAUUUCUUUCAAAACACUUGAUUUCUUGUACAUUAACUGAAAUUCAUAGCCUUCGAGUAGUUUCAGUUAUGCUGUGCUUUCUGUUUUAAUAACUGUACAUUGCAAGUAACAGAUUAAAAUUGCCAUUGUGUUUUGUUUAUUCAGUUGUUUGCUAAGUGUGUAUGUAUUGAUAAUUUGUAUCAGAGUGUUGAUUACUGUGGAGCUAGUUUUCGUCUCUAUUUAUUGCACGCAGUUGAAAACGGUGAAUGUUGACACUUCAGACACUUUUUAAGUAAUCCAAUGCUCCAGGCAUUAAAAAUUUUAAGAUAAUGUAGUUCAAUGUUAUUUCAUAAAAUAUUAAUAUGUUGAUUUCUUGCUGUACAUACUUAAGCAGUUUUGUAUCUAUGCAUAUCACAUUUGUAUUAUGUUUAUAUUAGAUUCAUUUCAUGUUUCAUAAAAUGUAACUACCAUGAAUGAAUUGCAGCAUUAUCUGUGAAAGUGAUCAUGAACUGACUGCAGUUGCAGGUUUUUAGUAUGUGAGAAUGUGGCCAUACAUUUGAGAAGACAAUGUAGGUUGUAACAUGGAUUGUGGGAAGAUUCCUAUGCAGAGGAUUUAUUGAUGCCAGUGAGACUGCAGAUUUAGAUUGUUGGUUUUGUAAAUAAAUAUAUUAUCAGGCCUCUUCUUUGUGCCUGCAUUUUA